AUGUUCUUACGUCACCUUCUUGCUGUGAUUUCGGUCGCGGCAACUUUCGUGCAACAAAAUGUUGCGCUCAGUCCGUCAACAGGAGGCGGCUCUCAGGACAUUGUAACAUGGGACAAGCACUCUUUCUUUGUCCACGGUCAGCGUGUGUUGUUCUUUUCUGGAGAGUUUCAUCCUUUUCGACUACCAGCUCCAGGGCUAUGGCUAGAUGUAUUUCAGAAAAUGAAGUCAAUGGGUUUUAACGGGGCUUCGUUUUAUGUCAACUGGGCACUUCUUGAAGGAAAAGAAGGAGAAUUCGAAGCCGAGGGAGUUUUCGCUCUAGAACCGUUUUUCGAAGCCGCAAAAAAAGCAGGUAUAUAUCUCCUUGCACGCCCGGGUCCAUACAUCAAUGCUGAAGUCAGUGGUGGUGGAUUUCCCGGAUGGCUGGCGCGCAUCCCAGUGGAGCUUAGAACGAGAAGCCCCCUAUAUUUAAACGCCACUCAAAACUAUGUGUCGGGCAUUGGAUCGAUCAUUGCCAAGGCUCAAAUCACAAAUGGCGGCCCACCCGAGAAUGAGUACUCGUCAGGAAAUCCGCCGUUCCCCGACCCCGUUUAUUUCAAAGCUGUCGAAGAUCAGUACAGGGAUGCUGGUAUCGUGAUCCCUUUUAUUAGCAACGAUAAUAGCCCACAUGGUUAUUUCUAUGAUCAGGGACCUCCAGAAUGGCCUGUUUAUGGACAUGAUAGUUACCCCAUGGGUUUUGACGAUGACAUCUACCAAUGGCCCGCCAAUGCUCUUCCAACUAACUAUGGGGAGUUACAUGAGGAAAUGGCUCCUGACACACCUUACUCAGUCAUGGAAUGUCAAGGAGGAAGCUGGGAUCCAUGGGGAGGAUAUGGAUACAACAAGACUGCAGCCAGAUUAGGGCCCCCGUAUCAACGCAUCUUCUUCAAAAACAUCUACAGCUUCGGAGCAACAGUCUUCAAUGUCUACAUGGGAGCCGGUGGAACAAACUGGGGUAACUUAGGCUACCCCGAAGGAUACACUAGCUACGACUAUGGUGCCCCCAUUACUGAGCUGCGUACAGUCGAGCGAGAGAACUCCAGUGAGUUGAAGCUGCAAGCGAUGUUCCUGCACUCUUCGCCCGAGUACCUCAGUGCCGUACCGCAAAACAAUUCUCAUGCCAAUGGCUCAUAUACCGGGAAUAUGAACAUCGCAACGACAGCACUAUUUGGGAAUAGCACGAAUUUUUUUGUUCUUCGUCAUGCGGUAUAUGACUCGCAGUCAACUGAGAAGUAUCAAAUCAGCCUGCCAACGAGUAAGGGAAACAUUACUAUUCCUCAGCUGGGUGGGUCUUUGUCACUUGUUGGUCGAGACUCUAAAUUCCACGUCACGGACUACGAUGUUGCAGGACUCAAUCUCCUUUAUUCUACCGCCGAAAUUUUUACGUGGAGACAUUUUGGAGAUAAGCGGGUUCUCAUAGUUUAUGGUGGUCCUGGAGAAGUUCACGAGUUGGCCAUUGAACAAGGUGGUCAGCCAAUCGUUCUGGAAGGCCUCAAGGACUCUGUCAAAUUCGGCAAUAAAUCUGAUUCAACUGUCAUUCAGUAUACGGUUGGCGAGAAGAGAACAAUUGUGAUGUUAUCCUCUGGGCUUUAUCUCUCAGGCAACUUCACAAACUAUACGACCUUCUUUAAGUCUCCUAUUGUCAAAGCUGGCUAUCUGGUGAGAACCGUCAAAGUGGACAAGGACAAUGUGUACCUGACUGGUGAUUUCAACGCCACAACGGACAUCGAGAUCAUAGGUGCCAACAAAGCCACUAAAUCUCUGUUCGUGAACGGUAAAUCCACGGACUUUCAACAAACCUUUUAUGGUGUCAUCAAGGCUGUUUCAAAUUUCGUUGCACCUAGCUUUUCUUUGCCGGAGCUUUCAAAGAUUGACUGGAAGGCUUUGGAUUCUCUGCCAGAAAUUCAACCAGACUACGACGAUAGCAUGUGGACGGCAGCGUCUCUCACCACCAGCAAUAACACCGAGCGCAAUCUUACCACCCCAGUCUCAUUAUAUGCGUCAGACUAUGGUUACAACACAGGCUAUCUUCUUUACCGUGGCAAGUUCCAGGCCAACGGAAAUGAAAAGAUGUUCCUGGAGACGCAGGGCGGUUCAGCCUAUGGUCACUCAAUAUGGCUCAAUGACAAAUUCAAGGGACAAACUUAUGUCAUUACUGUUCUGAUUGAUCAAAUGGGAUUCGAAGAAAAUGGGUCGGCUGGAACGAGCGACAUGAAGACUCCUCGUGGAAUCCUGGACUAUUCGCUGUCGGGGCACAAUAAGUCAGAUAUCUCAUGGAAGCUUACAGGGAACUUUGGUGGCGAGGAUUACCAAGAUCACACGCGUGGUCCGCUGAACGAGGGAGGGUUAUUCGCAGAACGGCAAGGUUACCAUUUACCUGAAGCACCAACAUCCUCAUGGAAUAGCACUCCAUCCGGCCCAAUGGCAGGUCUAAGUCAGCCUGGGGUAGCAUUUUAUGCUACUACCUUCAACUUAGACAUGCCAACAGGCUACGACAUCCCUAUAUCUCUCUCAUUCGCGAACAAGACCGACACAACAUCUAGCAUUCGGUGUCAGAUCUAUGUCAACGGGUACCAAUUUGGCAAAUGGGUGCACAACAUUGGACCCCAGGAUAUCUUCCCUGUUCCUGAGGGUAUUUGGAAUUACCACGGUGCCAACUAUCUAGGUGUUAGUUUAUGGGCACUUGAGGAGGGUGGAGGAAAGGUGGAGAACUUGGAACUGAUUGCUGGUCCCAUCAUUGAGAGUAGCUAUUCACGUCCAAUUGAGAUGAGUCCGAUCUCUCUGUGGCAUAAGCGCGAUGGGGCUUAUUGA